AUGGAGACCCUCGAGAUACACUCCAAGGACUUUUUGGUCAAAUGGGUCCAUGCACCAGACAAUUCCACCAUUGACUGGCAGGUCAAGCCGUUGAAAAAGUCCAUCAACUUGGCCAUCUACAAGAAGAAGGACGAAAAGAGGGCCACUGACGAUGGCGGCCCGCUCGCUCCUCCCAGCCCUGCGUACGCCGACGAGGAACAGCUCAACCCUCCCAGCAACAGUGGAACCAAGUCUAGGUCCUCGACGUUUUCGUCCAACCUUAGCAAUUCCGAUUUGACGUUGUUGAAGAACUACAAUAAGUUGAUCUCUGACGAGUUGGUCCAUGGCACAUUUGAAGUCACCAAAGGUGGAAUGUUUGCAUUUAUAUUCGACAACUCGUUCUCCAAGACCACGGGGAAAAAGGUGUACUUCAGCUUAGAAGAAAAGGAAUCUGAUGAUGAGAACCCGAUUCAAGCAAAUGGAACUACUCUUCGUCCCAAAAACGGAGAAUUGUUGCAAUCGAUAUUGUCAAAGAGAAGAAGAAAAAAGCUCCAAGGGUUUGGUAAGAGAUACUUCAUCUUGAAUUUCAAGUAUGGAACCUUGUCAUAUUUUAGAGUCAAUGACAACAAAUUGAGAGGCCAAAUGCCAAUCAAGCACUCUAUCGUUAGUGCUAAUCCCAAAUCGAGAGAGAUCAUUAUUGAUUCGGGAAUGGAAAUUUGGGAUCUUAAAGCACUCAAUGAUCAUGACUUCACUAUCUGGGUUGAUGCAUUCAAUCAAGUCAAAAAGAGUCAGGGCGAAAGUCUAGAGGAAGAAGAAAGCGAGGUUGACGACAAUAUCUUGGUCAAAGAGCUUGAAUCAAUCUCGCUUAAGUUGGACAGAUUGAAGCUCGAAACUACAAAUUCUUCACCCGAAACUUUGGCAGGUGGCAUCUCAAACAUUUCCCAAGAUGUUCACAAGCUCUUAUCGAGAAUAAAGGGUGAUCAAGAAACUAAUGGAUCAAGAACCAACGAUGCUAUUUCAGUAUACUCCACGAACGAAUUUUACGAUGCCAACGAGUAUGCAGAUGCAUUGAGUUCGGGUGUUAUGUUGUUGGAUUUGCCCAAUGACGAUAGGGAAAUUCAGGAUGACGACGACGAUGAUUUAUCUUCUUCUUCUUCAGAAUCCGAUGGCGAGUCUCCCGUGAGUGUUAUUGAUCCCUCCGGUAAAGAAUAUGAAAGUGCAACUUCUGAAGAAGACGAUGUGGAUGAUCUUUAUCCUUUGCCUCACAAACCUGUGCCAAGAGAGUUUGAUAUUCCCGAAUGUGAUCAUUCUCCAUCCAGUUUUGUUUCGUUUAUAAGAAAGAACGUCGGAAAAGAUUUGUCAACUAUCGCAAUGCCAGUUGAUAUGAAUGAACCACUCAGUGCUUUGCAAAAGUACACCGAAAUGUUCGAGUACUGUGAUUUGGUUAACAAUGCUGUUCAAGAGUCAUUUGAUGAUUCCACUGGCGAGAAGAUCUUGAGAAUUGCUGCGUUUGCUAUCAGUUAUGUUUCCAGUGCUAGGGCCAAAAUCAGAAACAAUCGUAAGCCAUUUAACCCAUUACUAGGAGAAACAUUUGAGCUUGUUAGAGAGGAUUAUGGUAUCAGAAUGGUAAGCGAAAAAGUCAGUCAUAGACCUGUUGUUUUUGCCUUCCAUGUCGAAUCCGAGCUUUGGACUUUUUCAUUCAGUCCUUCACCAGCACAAAAGAUCUGGGGUCAUAGUGCCGAAAUCAUCACUAAAGGUACUGCAAAAUUAACCAUCAAAAAGACUGGUGAAGUAUUUACUUGGAGCCAUCCUUCAACCAUGUUGAAGAAUAUCAUCGCAGGCGAAAAGUACACCGAGCCAUCAUCAUCGAUGACCAUUAAGUCAUCCUUGGGUUACAAGGCUGUCAUUGAGUUCGCCAAGAGCGGAAUGUUCAGUGGUAGAUCCGAAGAUUUGACCAUCACUGCUUAUGAUUCCGGCAGGAAGAAAUUGCCCUACACUGUCUCCGGUAAGUGGACCGAAUCAUUAACCUUGAAGACCAAUACGACCGAAAAGUUGAUCUGGCAAUCGGGAGACUUGUUGCCCAAUUACAAGAAGAAGUUUGGUUUCACCAAGUUCACCGGAACACUUAACAAGAUCACCGAUCUCGAAAAGGGCAAGCUCCCACCCACCGACUCUAGAUUGAGACCUGAUAUCCAGGUCUACGAAAGAGGCAAUGUGGACGAGGCAGAGAGACUCAAGGUGCAAUUGGAAGAGGACCAAAGAACGAGAAGAAAGGAUAUGGAGACUGCAGGCGCCACUCAUGUGCCCCAAUUUUUCAAGCAUGUUGGUGGCGAUGAGCCCGACUCUGGAGAGUGGGUUUACAUCAAGGGAGAAAAGAGUUACUGGAACAGAAGGAAGAACGGCGACUGGGACGGAUUGACCCAGUUGUGGUGA